CUACCAUUUCCACGCGACAUGCCCCUCCGCGCAGGAGGCAGCAAGGAAAGCACAUUUAUCCGAUUCGUCGAUCAGAAGAUGCUGCACAUUCAACGGCGGUUCGCCAAACGCACAACUCCUGCUUCGGCGUUCCUCUCGGAGAUGGACCGCGACAAGGGCGACUCUUGGGGCGACGUGAAAGGAUACUCGUCUAUGAAGGAAGCCUUUGCCGAGCUCGAGGAGCUCGUGAAUAUUGUCUGGAUUAGUGGGACGCCUGGUUUGCAGAUCCCGUAUCUGAUUACAAUUGCUGUCCAGGUGCAUAAUAUUAUUCAAGCUAUGCCGCCAUCACACCCCAAAAGCCUCUUUCAUAUCCUCGAAAAGCUUGAUCACGCAUUCACAUCGCUCUUGCAGGGUCGGGAUAGUGAGACUGGUCAAAGUCUGCCUGGUCUCGCGGAUGGUAGAACGGUCAACGGGACUGAGAAGGUGAGGAUCAGAAGCUUGGUAGAACGGACGCGGGUCAGCGUGGUUGAAGCCUUUAAGCGUGGUGAUUUUGAGAGCAAUGGAGCAGAGAUGACUGAUGCAGAGACCGAUGACGAUGAUUUGAACAUGGAUGGCGAUGCCUCAAAUGAGGAUGAUCUUAUCAUCGAAGGCGCUGAAGAUUUUGUUGACGAGGAGGAGGCGACUAUAGACAUGCAGAUUGCUCGUGUCUACGAUCGGACUAUUGUUGAAUUGGGCGAUAGUUUGGAGGAACCAAGUAUUGGCAUCAUCACGGAA